AAUUUAUUGUUAUUAUGAUUUUUUUUCAAUUCAGGAAGAGAAAUGGUACUCUACUGCUUUGAAGGAAGAAGUGGACAAGAUCACCAAGGAAAAAGUUGAACUGGAGCAGAAAUGCAGUGCUCUGGAAAAGGUCCUCUAUUAAAACAGUAUAGAACCUAUAGAGAACCUGUGUCAUGUUUUGUAACACCAUUCACUAGGUUGAUUUAGCCACAGAACAGGAAUGUCAUCUGACGAUGGUAAAGCACACAGAAAGGACCAAACUCGACUUCCGGUUCCCAGUUUGCCGCUCUGCCAUUGGUCAAGCCAGUUGUUUGAUUUGCGCGUGCUGCCGUCAACUGACGUUCCCGUCCUAUUGAUAAAUCAGCCUACUGCCAUAUCAUUUACUGGUAAAAUGCUGUAUUCUGGGGUGUCAUUUCAUUAGUUAAAAAACCUAUUACAUCAGUCAAGUUGAGCUCACAUGAUGUAAUGGGUGAUGGUACUAGUUAUUACAGAAAAUGUUAUGAGGAAAUAUUUAAUGAUUGCUACACCUGCCCUCAUGUUGACAUGUUAUAUGUCAUUGCUCCAUGUAACUUUUUUGAACUCUUGUUUGUCAUGUGAUGGAAUUUUUAAAAUGUACCACAAUGUGACCAGUAUUAAUUGUUUGCCAUGUCACUCCCUACAUCAUUUGAUUCCACACUGCUGUAUUAACGUGACAUUGCUUUUUAUAAUGAAAACCAAUCUAUCUAAGGAAAUGUGUGGGUUUGAAUCAGGUAGGUGCAUGAUUGUUUUCUGAAAUAAGAUUGUAAAACCUUUUACAAUGUACGUAUGUUUUCUUUACCCUUGCAUUCAUUUUGUAGGAAAAACAAAACCUGGAGACAGAAUCAGACAAAAAAGUUAUGGCAGAAAAAGAGAACAGCGUUAAAUGUGAGUCAAGAAAACCUCAUCUAUUGUCCAAAAAAUGGACAAGUGUGCCUUUUUGUUUCUUAUGAUGUUGUGGCUAGAUUGUUUUUAAAUCUAAUUCCAAGUUUCCUUUAUAUUAAAGCUAUGGCAGAGUUUGCCCAACUGAAAGUAGAACUGGCCAAGUCAUUAGAAGCUCAAACUGGGAGUCAGAGUGAGCAGAUGAAUUUAGCUCAAAGAAAUUCAGAACUGGUAAGGAUGAAGAGUAGUUUCAUUGAUUAUAAGGGAAAGAAAGGUGCAGUUUUGAUGGUCUCUAAGAUGGGAAGAUGCAGUGUAGGUUUUCAAAAAGUUAAAAUCAAGAUUGUGCAAUGAAAGUGCUUUCGUUCUGUCAAUGAAGAAUGUGGAUAACUUGUUUGUAUCCUUGGGUUUUGUUAGGCAACUGAAAAUGCUGGCUUAAAGGCAUCUUUAGAGGAAGAGCAAAGACAACAGAAACUUUUUAAUGAAGAAAUUAACAGGUUGAAGGUACAAACAAACCAUGAACUUCAGUUAUUUACAUAACAGUUUACUGUAUUAUUUCUGCAUUGUACGUCAAGGGAGGUCUUUGAGGGUACAAAAAUACUCUUUGUUAAACAUUGUACUCACUAUCUGUCUUCUCUUUGGCUAAGAGCCUGCAAUUAAUUUUGAAUUGGAAAGAAGUGUAACCAACAGAUUAGUUUGUUAUCCUCUAGCAGUUGACUUAUCUGUAACUUGCUAAGCAAUACACAAUUCCCAUGAGCAUAUAACUCACUCCUAAUUUAACUCGCAUGCUGGUGGCUCUGCCUCUAACAUACUCAUCUUAUUACACUCCUCCCCACCCCAAAUCCCCCCCCCCCCCCGGCCUCACUUUACAAGACAAAUGAGAGCAAGCAAGCCUGCUUAAGGAAUACUGCUAGUAACCUUGUCAAGGCUUUUUAUCAAUAGUCUUGCCACUGUUUAUAGAAAAGCCUUACCAAAAUAGGACAGUAUAAAUUAAACAGGUGUUGUAACAUGUACAUGUAUAACUGUAAGGAGCUAAGCUGAACUUUGUUGAUGGACGUUUCCAAACUCCAAUAAUUUUUGUUUUAGGAACAACUAGAGGACAAGUCCAGAUUAACUGAAAACUUAGAAAAACAGUUGUCUCAAAGGUAUGUUGACCUUGUUAGUGGUUCCCUCCUUAGCUGAUCUUAUUCUCCUCAAUUUUGAGUGAGUUACAUAUGGUGAUAUGUAUUACAGCAGCAAUCUGAACACCACUAGCAGCUCAGGCUAUCUUUAAUACAAAAAUUAGGGGAAUAAAAAUUUUCAGAUGAGAAAUUAGAGAAGAAGUGAUCUUUAUUACUUUGAAAACUUAAGAACAUUAUAUCUUUUUGUUACAGGCCCUCUGGUGAUGAAAUAAUCACUUUACAGAAUCAGCUUUCCACAGCACAGCAACAGGUGUCCUCACUUCGGCAAGAGAAGGAAGAAGAGCAUAAAACUUGGCAAGAAAAGUUGAAUGCAGCCUUAACAGAAGUCACUAGGUAUGGUGGUUUAUGUGUAGCCAUUUUUACAAUUUAGAUCAUCCAUACAGCCAUACAGGUACAUGUACAUGGACAGUGCUUGAUUGAUAAACAAUAAUAAAUGAUAAUGUAACUUAAUUUACUCUCCUGAUGUACAAAUCAGCUAAGGGGUACUGUACAGUAGAUUUAGAACCUAUGAAUAAAACUUUCACAUAACAAUGGCUUCUUCCUUGCAUGUUGUCAGGAUUUGGCUUAUCAAUAGAUUCCUAUUAAGAUAAUAUCUACAUUGAAAGUCUGGUUGCAAACUGGAAGGAUUUUAAGUGAAUGUUCAUUUUAUCUGUUUGUGUCCUCCACCUCAAGGCCAUUUAUAAAGAGAAAUAUUUCCAAAAAUUGAAAGGAUGUUUGAUUGUAAUGCAGCUUCCAGAUGAAAGUGAAGGAGCUUGAAGUGGAAAAGGCAUCAAAAAUUGAACAAGUACAGAGGUGGGUAGCACACAAUUUGUAGUGAAAUUUAAGACUUUACUGUCAUUUUAAUAAAAUAAUGUUGUCUUCUAUAAAUAAGGUGUCCUUCCUUUAUAGUCUGCAGACAGCAAUAACAGCAUCCACAGAAAGCAGAAAACAAGUGCACGAAGAAAGUCAAGAGAGACAGAAAAAUCUAAUCAACCUUCAGCAUGAUCUCAGUCAGGUUGGAAUAUAAUAAAUUUUGACAAAAAUAUGUUUUUAGCGGAGCUCUCUCUAGUGCGAAGCCUGUGCAGCGGAGUAACACGGGUAAGAAAAAAUGGUAACCUAUAGAUCUCAGAAAUUUUAGUUAUCAUGUGACCAUCGGUCCAUCCACAUCAUCCACCCCCUACAUGUAAGAUGAUCUCAAGUGUCACAUUUACUACACGCCUGGCCACCUACACUUUUAGAGAGAAAAAAAAAACAAAGGCGACUCUUUUUUUCCACUACAUUUUGAUGUCUACACUGACAUGGAUAUCACAGAAAGAGCUAGUGGGAGAGAUAAAAAACGAAUUAAAGAAAAAAAAUUUUGCUGGAAGAAUAACAUGAAAAUUUAAUAGCUGCAGCAGUGAGAAAAUGAGAAAUGCUAGUGGCCAGCAAGAUGAAAAAUGAGAAGCAGUGAAAAAAAAGAAGAGCAGGAACACAAGCAACAAAAUGAAUGUUUUGUGAGGAAAUACGACAUUUUCUCCAUGAAACGUGUAACUAGGAAGUUUCAUGUUUUGGUCAUUCAAAACAAUGUACAGAAAGUGCGCUGCACAUGCAAAGUUUGCUUUUUUGGGGUUCUCAUUGCCAUCGCUGUUUAGCAUUACAUGAUUUUAUUUUUUGCUUGCGUAAGGUUAUUAAUGAGAGCUUCGCUUUUAACCCUGGCUAAAUCUAUAUGAUGUUGAUAAAACCCAAAGCUUAUCCUACUAAAAGUCAAUGGUUAGCUGCUGUUGAGGAAUCGUCUUCUUUUUUUGUUUUCAGGUCAAUGUUGUUUUGAAAGAAAAGGAGACAUUCAUUGAUUAUCUUCAAAAGCAACUUGAUGAAACGAAAAGUAAACUGGACUCUGAGGUUAGUACUGAAUUAAAACUUUGUACGAGUAUUUACAUGUGCUUAUCACUGGGGUAUUGAACCCUUUUGCAGAUAAAAACUGUUUCCUAGGGUUCUACCCUUGGUGACAGUCGAAUAGUGGUUAAUGUCACUGUUCCGGUAAAGUUUGAGACUACUCUACACGUACGAGCUAAGCUAAGCUAAGAGUGUAAAGUAUAAUAGUUAGAGUACACCAGAUGCCCUAUAGGACCAGAAGACUCAUGUUCCAUUAACUGCGUUCUACAAUUGGGUCGUAAAACUUUCUUUAACCUGAUUAAGGACAGUGUUUCUACCAACAACAGCUCCAUUCUUGCGGCUCUUGGUUACUGCAAAUUUUUUGGUCAGUCUUUUUUUCAUGUUUUGAUGUUUUGACAUUUUGUUGAGUGACGCAAAAUAGUUUAGUAAAGUGCCACGAACAAAGUACAGUUUUGUGUUUAGGUCUCAUUGAAGGAAGAUUCCAAUCAACAAGUUCGAAACCUGCAAAAUCAGUUACAAGAGGAACAGAGACAGACCCAAAAUAGGUGAGAUUUAGUUUCAUUUGUACGUUUUUUUUGUUUGUUCGGGGGGGGGGGUAAGGGGGAAUUAGGGGCGAGAAGGGAGAGGUUACAAGCUUAUAGUACUACAGGGGUAUUUUUAUAAAGGUGAAUGGAUUAGAAUAGUGGGAUUUUUGCUUAUUUUGAAAUACUAACAUUUAGAGAUUACAGUCGGGGUUUGUGUAGUAAUAAAAACUAGAAAAAUAGUUAAAAAAGGGACGAGAAAAAAGAUUUAUUUUGUUUUUUUAGUGAAUAGAAAGAAAAACACCAAACAAAAAUUUAAAACCCAAAAAAAAGAGUAAAAAGAGGAAAAGAAAAAGACCAAAAAUGGGUAAUUUUUUGUUUUUUUUGUUUUUUUUUUGUUUUUGGGGGGGGGGGGGGGGAUGGGGGAAGGUGGGGCAAGGAGGAAGUAUUAAGCAGCUUAUACUACUACAUGAGAAAUUUCUGCAAUCUGAAUGGCUUAGAGCAGUGGUAUUUCUGCUUAAUUUGAAAUACCUACAUUUAAAAAUUACAGACGUGUGGUGGGUAGUAGUAUAAACAAAUAAUAGCAUGAUUUGUACGUGAUAUUUGGCGUAAAUACCAGUCGUGAUAUUUCAAAAUUGUCUCAAAUUUCAAUCACCUAACGGCUCAUGAAAUUACGUAUAACAAUUUUGAAAUAUCACUUGUGGUAUUUAUGCCAAAUAUCACUACAAAUCAUGCUAUUACCUAUACAAAUAUUUGAAUUAACUGAAACAUGGCUAGUUGUCGCCAGAGAAUCAUGACUACUUUGGGGUCUUAACACAGUGUACAAAUCUUUGUUAUUCUCCCUAUGAAUUAUGCUCGCAUUUGAAAAGCUGUUAUACUGAGUUUUAGACUGUUAAAAAAAAAAAAACUCCACUGGGGCCUUUCAAAGUUUUUUCAUUGUUCAUGAAUUUAAAUGCCUUAUUCCACAGAGACUCAACAAUAAAAGAUCUUGAAACCAGCCUUCAGCAGAAAAAAGAUGAUAUUACAAGAUUUGAAGCUGAACGAACAGAACUUAUUGCUAAGGUACAGAGAUCGAAACCUCGACAGAGCAAAUAAACCUCCGUAUAACAAAGUCCUCAGUAUGACAAACUAUUUCUUAAUUACCCCAGUAAUAGUAAACCAUAUGAAAAAGAACCUCGAUAUAAUGAAACCUCGUUAUAGCGAACAAAUUUUGCCAGUCCCUUGGCCCUUCGUUAUAUCCACUGUACUUGUAUUUAUUAAAAUAAUUACCCCACCCACAGUUUUAAUCUCUAGAACUAUAAGCAUACAGAGGUGUAGACUAGCAGUGAAUUUUACCCUGCAAUCACAGCAAGAUUACACCUAUACACCCUGUACCUGUGUAGAUCGUUAAAAAUAACCAACACCAGCAGUUGGUUCGGUAAAAGCCCUUUAAGUUCCAAGAGUUACCAACAUCAAUAAUUAUUGAAACUAGGCUAACCAAUACUUAUAUUAUUCUCUCCUAACAAUUUCAAUACAUCAUCAAGAGAAAAGGUUUUGAGAAUCAAUGAAAUGAUCAUCAAAGCCUGGAGAAUACUUUCAUUUUUUAUCAAAUUCUCUCAACUUAUUUUGUAAGGAAAUGCAUGGAGAUCAGUCUGGAGUAAUUGUAUGUGAAUAGUGGGGCCUAUUGGGUUCAACGUUCUUCAAUCAGUCUCUUUAACUUUCCAUGAGGCAGUCAUCUUUAAGAUGAACACCCAGCUGUGCCACUUCCAACUGCAUUUUUGUUUGAGAAAGUUGACUGAGUUUCUGUAUUUUACAAAUGAAAUUCAGGGAGUAAAACUUAGGCAAAACAAACUUUAACCUCUGCCAUAAGUGAAAGCAAGAAGGGGUCAGUAAUGACAGGUCUACAUGAGAAAUAUAUCCACCUGAUGACAGGUAGAUAAGAAAUGAGAAUUGAAAUGGGAAAGUGAAAUACCAUUUAGGUUAAAUAGCAUAAAAACUGAAAAAACUGCUAGUGUAGAAUGUUUUGAAUGUUGUUCAGAGAAAAUUUUUUUAAAUAAAAUAUUUCAGAAAUUGGCUACUGAGUAGAAACUGAAAAAAAAAAAUAGUAUUCAAGGGACUCAAGGAACUGAAAUGUACAAAACAAGAAAACUUCAGUUUUCAAAAGUUAUGUUUAAAUAUUAUAACAUUUGGUGUAUUUUAUUCACAUAAUUACUUUAUUUAUAUUGUUUUCACUGCAGAUUGAAGCUGGUGGUGGAACAGAGACUAUUAUUAAUCAACUCAAACAAGAAAAGGUAAUUAAAGAACCUCUAGGACAUCUUGUAAUCUUCUGAACUUUGUAGUUUUAUUUGAAAAGAUUCCAUAUCCUUAACAACGAUAUGAUUUUUAUUUUGUGUGGUUAAAGGAAUAAAAUUUGAACUGUGGAAAUAAUUUGAUAUGCUGAAAUCUUUCUGAAGUUUGUAGAAAAAAGCAGUAGCUGUUGUUAGUUUAUUCUUUUGAUAUAUACUUUCCUCAAAGUUGCCAGUCACCUUGCUCAUCUUCCUGUUUUCAUCCCAUCUCUCAGCACUAAAAACCCUCUUGUUUCCGGUUUUUUUAUCAACAGGAGAGCUAUCAGAAAAGGUUACAAGAGAUGGAAGCUUCCCUUCAUACUCAAGCACAAGAACAUUCCAGGAAAAUCGAAGAGAUGCACAAGGAGCAGAAUAAGGUGACCAUGAUGUGACAAAUGUCAUGAACUACAAACAGUCAAUUCUUCAGGUUUUUUUCAAGAUGGACAGAGGUUCCCAUCCCACCUGAAACCCUUAUCAUUGCAAAAUGCAAACUCAGAUUGAAAUUUCUCAGAAACCUUAAUAGGAGAUUGACCCUCAGCCACCCUCCCUCCCUGGGAAUUGUCUUGUGGGGGUGGGGAAGGAAACUAAGUGGGUGAUCAAUAGUUUAUUAGGACCUAUUAUUGAGUCAGCGAGGAUUUUUCCCAAGUGUUCUGAUGAUUAACUUGAUCAUCUAAUAGUGGAAUUAAGGAACUGCUUUUUGUUCAAAUUCUGAUAAUUUCCUGACCCUUUAGGUGAAGGAAUUUAUUAGAACUUGGACAAAAAGCAGUUCCCUAAUUCCACUAUUAGAUUAUCAAGUAAAUUUUGACUUUUAAAAACUUUGAAGAAGUUCUCAAGUUUCUGAAUUUUUCAACAAAAUAUGUUGGAAUUUCUCUUGAUGUGCUCCCUGUUUAGGUUUUCUAGAGCAUCUUUUAAUGCCCUGACAACUUCAUUCAUAACAUUUUAAAACUUUGAAACCAUCUUGGCACUGCGACAUAAGGAACGUUGCCAUGACAAUUUUGUAAUUUCACAUGUUGAUUUUUGAAUUAAUGCUGAAAUUGGAGCCAAAACAUUAAGGAUGUUGUAAUUAUUCAAAAAGUAAGCUGUUAAUUUGUUCUCUGCAGGUUGAGGAGGCAUUAGCCAUAGCAAAGGACACCUCUGGAAAACUGGAAAAUUCUGUGCAGGAUCUAACAACCAUGUGCAGUAAUUCAUCCCAACAAAUAGAGGAGUUGAGGAAAGAAAUAAGAGAAAAAGUGAGUUUCUAUCGAGUAAAUUCACCCUUUCAUACUAUGCUGUAAAGAACAGAGCCAAUCAUUAUUUAGGUAGAGAUCCUUUGAAUAUAACUUCUGCAGCACAUGACUAGUCAUAUUUACAAAAAUAUCUGGUGGUGCUUGAGCUUUCCACAUUUUCCUGCAGAAAAAAGAUCAGAUUGUGACAGGCAAAACGAUUUAUUCUACAAACAGUUGUCCUGAGUGAGUUUGUAACCAAUCAUGAAAACUCAAAUUUUAACUUCUUUAGAAUGUAAAAUGUAGAAUGUAAACUUCUCAGAAGUCCAAGUUAAAAUGAGAAACGAAACUGAACAGACAGCAGUAAAAAAAGAGAAGUGAAAGGAUUUACAAGAGAACAGCAAAAACAUACCAGUAACCCAGUGUUGCGAAGAUCAGCUUGGAUCUAAAGGAAAUCCUUUUUGUCAAAACAAGUCUAAAAACACAUCAUAAAGUCAGUAAAUUUAUUAAUAUUUGUUAUUUUCAUCACUAUUAUUAUCAUUUUUAAUUUUUUGUUUUAUGUUGUUAUUUUUAGAGUGAAAGUCUAGUUGCCCUUGAAGCUGCAAAGGCUGCUGAAAAGUCAGUCUUAGAUGAACAAGUCAGGUCUUCCCAAGAGACCUUGCAGGAGAAGCUAAAAGAGCUAAGUGCUCUUCAGCAACAAAAUGUAAAGGUACAGCAGAAUGCUAACAUUAUGUCGCUUGGUUAGGGAAGCGGGUACUACGCAAGUCAGGUAAUAUAGCAGAAUGCAAGGUGCUUAGCCUAGUACAGCUGAAGUAAUUUAAAUUUAUUGUCAUCAAGGUUGUUUAGGAAAUAGAUCAGGGCUUCCUUGUCUAUCGGGCAAGUAAGCUUUAAAAGUUACUUGCCCAGCAAGAAAAUCUAUUUUGUCCCAGAAUACUGGACAAGGUGUUAUUGGAGCCCUGAUAAAUGCUUGAUAAAUCAACCAAGUUGUGACCAUCAAAAAAGUGAUCACCUAAGAUAUCAAUUCUGUUAACUUAUAGCCAAUUUCUCCCCACUAUGGCUGCAAUUAAUGUUUGGAGUUUCUAAAGAAGAAUCUGUAUUUUGAUGGGUUUAAAUGGCUAGGUUGUCAGUUUGAAUCCACACUUAAAUAUUUUUUGUUUAUUGUAUUCUGCUUUUCAAGCUCAAAGACGAUUACAGUGGGUUACGUGAACAGCACUCGGAACUUGAAGUUAAAGUGAAAACAUCUGAAAUGGAAAUAGAAAGUCAAGCAAAAAGAUGUGCUCAGCUGGAAAGUGAAAUUAAAGGAAAGGUGUGUAAACUAUUAAAUUUUUUGUAGAGAAUGUGCAGUACUUAUGACAUAAUUUAUCAAUGGAUUCCAUCAGGAUUAAACUUACCAUCAGCAUAAAUUAAAAGCAAGUCAGAGUUUAGGACUUCUUUUCUCCCCAUUUAACUUGUUACAUCACUUAAGGUGGAUUUUGUAUCGCUACAAAAACUGCAAUAUUUAAACGUUUUGAGUUUUACCCUGUUUUUUUUUUAUUUUAUGAAAUCAACAAUAGUGAUGGAAGUUUGUUUUAUUUUUGGUAGGUUGAGGUUGUGACACUACUACAACAAGAAAAAUCCUCUGAGAAAACAUCACUUCAACAACAAAUUGAAAAUAUUCAACAGUCCCUGAGUAAAAAGGAUAGGGAACUGGUAGCUGUACAAGGGGAACUUCAAAAAGUAUGUUCCUUAUGGUAAACUAUUUUUUAAAAAAAUGUGCAUACUACAUUAUUAUAAACUGAACUGCUGACAUUUGCUUGUGUAAUUUGUAGUACAAAGAAACAUCAGCUGAGAAAAUUAAAUAUCUGGAAACUGAGAAGGAACAAUUAUCUCUGAGUUUGACCUCUUCCAAGAAUUUAGUGGAGGAAAAGGUUGGUUGUAUCUUUGUAAUUUAAUAAAUGUUAUUAUUAUUUUUAUUAUGGAAAUCUGUUGUGGACUUAGAUUACUAUUCAGUUGUCAAGUAUUUUAUAACCCUAACGCUAACCAGUUUUUCCGUGUUUUUGUUUAGGAGAAAUCUAUCACCAUCUUGGAAUCGGAUCAUCAGGAAACAAAAAAGGAAAUUAUUUCAUUAAAGGAACAACUUGCCUCCAUUUCAGAAGUAAGUGCAGUUCUGGGUAACUUCCAGGCAUGCUGACAGACACAUUUGAAGAUAAGGAAUAUCACUAUAUAGUAUUUCCUUUUAAAACAUGAUCUCAAUUAAGGACCUUUGUAAAAAUUUAUUCUUCAUAACUGGCAAAUUGCUGGUCAACCUCUCCACUAAACAAUGUACAAAGUAAAUUCCAGACUUGCUGUACCUGUAAGUAUGCACUUUUGGUUCCCCUUGCCUUUUACAGUCACAUUUUCUUCAUGUAGAUGUAUGAACAGUAAACAGCAAGUAAUAAAGAUUAAUGAUAGCACUACAUCUGUGUUUUUUGAAUUACUUUGUUUUGAUAGACUGUAAAAGACAAAACUGAUCAACUGGAAAAAAACACUAAACAACACCUUGAGGAAAAGGUCAGUACUUGAAUUCCGUUUGCAAAUCUGAAAACCAUUUUCUUUAUUUUCAGUGUUGAUUGCAAAAUCAAGAUAUUCCCUUCCUAAUAUUUGUCCAUACGUUAUACUUUAGAUAUACCCUUAAAAUUCUAAAUCAUAUUUCCCUGUUAUUUUUUGGCAUGUCAUUGUGAUAUUUCCAUGUUAUCUUUGUAUGUGUUUUUUUCCCAUGUAUCAGUAAGCUUAUGUUUCUCUCUGGUGAUAUCCCUGUGCUGUUCCAUUAUAUAAGUGCUUGGAAUGCUUACCCAAAACAUCCUUUGUUGUAAUGCCAUUUGUUAUGGAUGCCUUUCUUAUCAUUGCUUUGCAGAAAGCAUUGGAGACAAAAUUAUCUGAGUUAGACACGACCAACAGGAACCAGACAUCAGAACUAAUGUCGACUCUAAAGAAUAUUAAAGAAAAACUACAUGAAAAAGAGGUAUUUUAAUCAAGAAUCUUAAUGUUUAUGAGUUAUAGCCCUUGAGUACCUAAUCACUUAUAAGUUGGUUCUGUUUUUAUUUAAUAGGAAUUGUGUGCAAAACAAGCUCAAGAACAACAACAGCUUCAACAGAAGGUUUUUAAUAUAUAUAUUUCUUACUGCUUUCAGAUGGAUUUGUUUCAUAUCAGUUUUAACCCAUUCGCCCCAGGAAAUUUUGCGGAAAAACGGGUUUUGAAGCUAGUCGUAUGGUUUUUUGGUCACUGUUGUGCUAUAAGGAGCUAAAACUUACCACAAUGGAAGCAAUUUACAGGUCGUCGAACACUUCGGGGCCCUCUAAUCCAGAUGCCAAAAAGUAGCUUGCGAAGUUCGGGCAUGUGCAGAAAACAAAAUUUCGUUUUUGAGCAUAAAAGUAACCCAGCAGUCUUGACUUUUACGUUUCGCUUUCUCCCCUUCCCUCUUGUUUAGCUUUUCUUGUCUCAUUUUUUUUCUUUUGCUGGGCAUUUAGUCGGCUUCAUUUAGGUGAGAAAAGUUUUUAGGAAUAAAGCUUUUGGGAUCUAUAGCUCAAGUUAGUGGACAAAGUUGUUGUUGACCAUUCAAACUGAUGACAUCACAAGCGGUAGAAGGGACGUGGAUCCGCACAGGCGGUAACCGGCGGCACAGGGGCGAAUGGGUUAAAAACUUGGCUUUCUAUAAAGAGACAUCAUUGUUUAAAAUGUGUUUGUGUUUCUUUUCACUGUAGAUUCAGCAACUGGAACAAGGAAAAACUGACUUAGAGAAAGCUAUGAAGGAACUUGGAGAGGUGAGUGUGUUGAUUAUCAGAUGGAAUUAUCAGAUGGAAACACACCAUCACAAAACCUCUGGAGAACAUUAUCUUCAAGGGUGAAGUGUUGUGUGUUUGGCAUUGAUUACAGAGAAUCAAGCCUCAGCUCCAGAAACAACUCAGUUUGUUGGUUCAAAGUCAGCGCAAUUGAAUAGGUCUGGCUUCUCUAAAAUUUGACCUGUAAAUGUUUUAACAGUGGAAUUCCUCCUUUGGGACACCUCUAUUUAGGGACACAAAAUCUGUUCCCGAUAAAAUGUUAGAAUAAUCUUGGUUUUUGUUACCUGUAUUGAAGAGACACCUCUAUUCAGGGGAAAGGGGCACCAUUUCUACAUCUCGAAACCCAGGUAUCACCUCCAUUCAGAGGACUGCUUAGCUCACAAAACGUCACUGUAAAAGUGUACACUAGUCACUGUGGUGACAAAUUUCACAACAUGAUCUAUCUCACUUAACUCAGUGUACUACACUUGUAGGAAUUCAACACACAAUAUUACAGAGACAGGCUAAUCAUAUUUGUCAAACAUUAUCUAGCUGCUUGAAUUAAUGACUGCAGCAGAUUCCGAGGCAGAAUAUAUAAAAAAUAUUUUAUUUGUUGGUUAAUAAUUAUUAUUAACAAACCCUAGCUCAACCUCUCUUCAGGGGACAUUUGCCAUGGUAACAAGGGAGUCCCCUGUAUAGAGGUUCCACUGUAUAUAAACUAAUUAGUACCCUUUCUUGGCCUUCACAUUUGUUUGUCUUAGUUAUUGUCGCCCGUCCCGCCUUUCUUAAAUGAAAUCCUUGUAAUUUUCUUUUCGUUUCUUUUUACAGGCCCACCAAGAGCGAAUAACUGUUUUAGAGACUGAAUAUAGCAAUAAGGAAAUGAAAUUACAGGAACAGGUCAGAUUGUUGUUCGUAGUAAAAGUUACACAACUAGACUCAAGUCGUUCUCCUGAAUUGAGUUAAUCUUUUGAGUUUCUGUGGAAACCAUUAAUGCGCAGGUCAUUCAAAGAAGAUCGUCAGAGCAGCACUUUCGUUUGGUGCUCCUUAAUAUUUUAUAUUCUUUUUACUUCCCUUUUAGGCAAGAAAGUUAGCUUGAUCAGUUGGUGAUCGUUUAAUUAAAUGUUUUGUUCAUUUUUGUUCGUUUGCAGUUUUUGUGUGUGUUACCAAAAUCUGUAUGAGAAUUUCAAUACUUUUGUCUUGGCUAGUGAAUCUUUUAGCUAAAGUUCAUGUGACAUUUUCUUUCAAAGCUUGCUGAACAAGAAAAAAUUGCAAGUGAGAUGCAAACAUCAUUGGAGCAAAAAGAUGAUCGAAUGACUGGAAUGCAGAGAAGAAUCGAAGUAUGUGAUUCUUGUAAGCCUUUGAUUGCCAACACUUGUGCUGUGAUGAUUUUAAUGAAAGCCAACUGGUUUGUACUGCUAACUUAAGCUUCUUGUGAUUUUCGAUUAAUAUUAGAGGGUUAAAUGUAGUAAAUCUUUCUCUACAGGUUUUAGAGGAAGAAGUAAAGAAGGAAUGUGAGAGUUGUAAGAACUACGAAGCACAACUUUGUAAGAUGCAAGUAGCAUCUAAGGUAAUCUUUCUUAAGCCCUGUUUCACUGCAGCCACAUGCAUGCAACUGUUAAUUAUUUUCAUUUCCUUUGUUCUCUUCUUAGGAGGAGCAAGAAAGGAGAAGUAAACUUGAGAAAGAACUAGAAGAUGCCAGAAGUGAUAUUAAGGUAAAAGCUGUCCACGUCACCUUCAGCCAAAGUACUUUUUGAAAAGCUUCUAUUUGUGAGUGGUGUUUACUCGCUUUAUUUAUGGUCUAAGUCUGAAAAUGUAAAAUGCGAGAUUUAAUUUUUAUGAUUUAUGAUAAGUGAGAAGCACCUACUGUUCGGUUUACACCACAAAUGCCAUCCAUACUGUGAACGAGCCUUCUGAUUAGGGGGAAAAGGGCACAAGAGAAAACGCAAGGAAAGCGAUUAGGGGGUGGUUUGGGGGGGGGGGGGCUGUACCCCCUUCCCCGGCUCUUUUUGCCUCUUCAUUACACUGCGCUUUUUCACUUCUAUUUACUUAAUCCCCAAAACAGCGCUUGUUCACAAGUUAUGCACGGCCUAGAAGGGAAAUAACAUGCCAGUAACCGAAGAAAAAGAUUUUAACAGUAGUAAGAAUAAUGGAGCUGAAGAUCACCACUUGCUUUGCAUUUUCAGGGCGGCAGCGAUGCUCCAGACAAAAAGUAAACUCUGUGUUAGCUUUGGUUCAUGAGUGACAUACGUAUAUCACUUCCCCGGACUUGAACUUUGUUCUUUAGGGGCUUGUACUUUUUCUGAAUGACUUGAAAUGAAAUCAGUCAACUCUCCCAGAUGACAUUACAGCAGUGUAUUUGAAAGGUCUCAAAUUUUCUGUUUAAGAGACCUGUCUGCCUUAUAACACUUAUAAGAAUGACAGGAACCCAACUCUAGGUGUCCGUUUUAGGGGCGGAGGGAGGGUGUUUCCAUUACAGAAUUGUCUGUCAACAGAGGGUUGACUGAACAGAGAGUUGGCUAUAUUCUGCUUUUCAUUGCUUUUCACUCAUUGUGAAUGUUGAUUGUUCCCAGGACCUUCAGGGCCAGGUGGCAGCAGGAGAGGAGGAACUGGGGCAAGUCAAAAGACAGGCAGAAGAAACUGAAGGGAAUUUGAGGCAAACUGUUGAACAACUCAUUGAAGUGAGGCUUUGUUUUGUUUUGUUCAAUUCUAUGUCCCCAUUGAUGACUGUAAAAUGAAUUGUCAUUUGCUUUUCGUUCUGGUAGACUAAUCGAGGCUAAGUCACUAACGUCACAGCAAAAUCUCAGUCGUGUCUAUUGUUUUCGGGAAAGAAGGCAGAGGAAAAAAAAAAACACUCAUGUAACUACAGUUCUGCAUUUUGGUUUACUAUUUUUGACAAUUUUUUUAUCCCUUUCAGGCAAAGAAUUCACUGGAGACGCAAAUGUUGAAUUUAAAUAGUGAUUUAAAAACUGCUAAGGAACAAACAGAGAAAGUACAAGGAGAAAAGGUACUUUAAUGCUCCCCUGUCCCUUUAUUUCUGCUCCUACGUUUCGUGCAUGCUCUUUUCUUCAGUUUUUCUACACUUACCUCCACUCUCCCACUAUCCUCAGUGCGGCAUUUAGAUUAUUAAAAAUCAAAGUCGUGUUCCCGUUUUGACGUUUUUUACUUCUCUGUUCAGAAUUCAGUCGAACAAGAGGUAGAAAAUCAGAGAGAAGCUUUUAAUGGUUUAAGGUAAGCAAACAAGCGUCAAUGAAGUUUGGUUCCGGUGUAAACAUUUUAAAGAGUGAGAUAGUUUAAAAUGGGAGGGAUGCCUUUCUUUGGUACUGGUACAGCUAUAAUAAUAAUAAAUAAUAAAUGUUAUAGCCAGGGACACCUCUUCAGCAUAAAAGGCUGAUAUCAAUGAGUCCCCUGAAACAUUAUCGUUUGUUUUUAGGAUCUCUCUGCAAACAAGGAUAGAAGAAUUAGAGAAAAAUCUUGCCACUGAACAAGAAAGCAAAGAAAAGGUAAACAGCAUUAUUAUCGCACUAGUGGGGCCACUGAAAUAACUGAGAUUCAGCAAGAAACAAAAAUUGUGCAGCGUUGAACUGCAAACACUGUUGUUUGUUACAGGUUCAACAGGAAGCUCAGGAGAAACAGCAGCUUCUAAUCAAGCAAAAGCUGGAACUAGAAAACAAGCUACAAAACACUGAAAAAGAUCUGAAAAAGGUUAGUGAUGGAGCAGUGUUAAAAUUAUAAAACACGGUUUUUAAUGAAUCUGGCCUGACCUUCCGCGCGCGAAGACUGUUAACGUUAGAUAAUGAUGUAAACUUCUCCUGAGCGGUCUUUCUGAGUUAUAAGAUGACAAGACAGCUCUCUUUCAGCUAUCCUUGUGACGUUAAAGACAUUUUAACAAAAAAUUAUCCUACUAGCUAAAUUUGAAAUUUUAUAUAUAUAUAUAUAUUUUAAAACUAAACUGAGCGCAGAAGAGGAGUAAGUUAAUACUAAAUCAUACUUUCUGGGUUUCCUUCAAUGUAGGCCAUAGAACAGCACGAGGAAACAAAGGAGGUUUCUAAGCGAGUUCAGUUGUUGCUUAAAGAGGAAACAGCAGCUGUUCAAAUGAAACUGGUAGGAAAGUAGUUUUGUGAAUUCCAAACCUUCCUUGCAAGCACCCAAAUUCUGGGGCCGUGCCGUUUAUCAAUACAAAAAAAGGCAGAAUAUGUUGUGUCACUCAAAGAUAAGCAUGUGAAAUUGCGCUUUAUUAUGGAGUUAUCACUAGUGUCAUCAUCACCAUUUCUUGGAACAAGUGCCUUAAUUUGCGACGUCCUGGACAAGGAAUUCUUAUCUAAAUAACUCUGCAUUUUUAGGCAAACGAAACCCAAGAACUAGAAGAGCUAAAGAAGGACAAGGAACAAACUGAAGCCAGGUUAAAUAUUCAGAUUUCUUCAUUAAAUGAAAACCUUGCUGCGGCAAGAGCUGAGGCGCAGAAAUAUCAACAGGAAACGAAAGAGACUCAGGAGAAACUUGAACAAGCAGAGAAGCGAAAUGAUGAUUUGAAAGGAGAAACUGCUGGUGAGUGCGGACUGGUGACUAGUGAGCCUCGGUAUGGUGUAUGUAUCAAUCAAACAGUCAUACACCGCAAACUCAGAAAUCCUUUUGAAAAAUUAACUUUUUCAACAGUGCGACCACAGUGUUGCUAUCAUUCGACUUUCUAGUUAAAGCGACGAAAAGUAUUAUGAAAUCCCUGCUUUAGGGGACAUAAAACUUGGUCCAUUUUCUCUAUAUUUUUUACAUUACGAGACAUGAUUCACUAACAGGGACUCUGUACUGUGGUGGUGUCCGUCUCUGUACUGAUCGCUUGGACAGCUGGUUUUCCUAAUUUUAAACUUGUAUUUCAUUAUAGUUUUGGAAGCAACUGUUCAAAAUAAUUUAGACGAAAGGAGAAAACUUCUUGAAAGGUUUGUGACAGUCUACGUUCAUUUUUAAGAAAAAACUGAUUUUCAAACAUACCACUUGUUAGUUCAGAGUGAAAUAGAAUAUUACUGUUAAUUGUAGAUGUGUAGCGGGAGACGAGGCCUUGGAGAAACAGAAAAAAGAAAACGCUGAACUAAAAAAAAAAGUAGAGAAUGCACAGGCCGCUAUGAUGGAACUUACACAGGAAAACCAAUCACUACAGGUGAGUCUCAGCACCACCUUAAGUUCCCAAUCAAGUCACGUCAGGGCCAAAACUGUUGUGAUAAAUAAACUUUCCCGUAAAAUAGGCUUAGUAGACUUUCCAGUAAUUAGUAAUUGUUUUGAUAUAUAAGCACAUUAGAGCGUUAUACAGAACAGCGCGCAGUGAGACUAAAGUAGGUGAUGUGAAUGAUACCAACGAAAUUAGUGUGUAAGCAAUGUGAAAACAAGGUGGACUAUGUGUGAACAUACUAAGAAGCUAUAAUCUACUAAAUGACAAUCAGCUGUUGGAGAUGGCUCAAGACCGCCAUCAAUGGAGGAAACUUGUGGUCGACUGCUCCGCAGCCAAAGGAUGAUGAUGAUGAUGAUGAUGAUAAGAGAAUAACAAGACAAUGUAACAAUAAUGUAGCCUGAUUAAUUUACGUACCAAUUAAAUAAUGUGAGCAGAGUAGCCUAGGCGAGUAAUACGAACGCAAUGGAGCCUAGGUUCGGUGAUAGAUUGGAACCCCAGCAUAACGAAAUGCCAGGACACUGGAAAAUGUUUUGGUUAAUACGGGGAUAUGUUACGUUAUAUACACCUUAUUAUCCGACCGGGCUGUUUUUUGUUAUCGAAGUUCCCAGCUCUGUCAUGGAAGACGACUUCAGCUGAGACUGCAUUCUGCUUCUUUUCAGAUUUUAAACAAUCAAAAGAAUGCUCGGAGAUGGGAAAACGAUGACGAUGUUACAACUUGCAAUGGAUGCGAGAGGCAGUUCUCCAUGACCAUAAGAAAGGUUUGUUUCAAGGGUCUAAAGGAAGAUCAAAACUCUAUCACAUCAUCCAUACUGUUUGAAAUCUUUUUUUGUUUCUUGCUAAUAUUUUUUCCUUCGUUUUCAGCAUCAUUGUCGGAAUUGCGGGUAAGCAUAAACACUCUCACGUUUCCUCUGUGAUUUAGACUGCAAAACAGUCCGUAUUUUUGCGUAUUCAAGUACACGCGAGCAGUCAAACAAACGGUCUGGAACGAGGCUGAAAACAGAGAGCGCGUGUGAGGCUCGCGCGCUUCGCGCGCGUAAGACUCUUAAGGCACGCUUAACCGAUUUCUUUACUGAUUUUGAGAAAAAAACCGACUGUUUUGCAGUCUAUCUGUGAUUUAAUGUUUGCGUUCAUUCCCAAAACUACCAGGGUACAUUUCUUUUUGGAUAACGAACAUUGUUAGUUAGGAAGUUUGAGAACAGAAAGUCCUAAAAGCGAAGGAGGAAUCUUAUUUCUCCUUACAUUGUUGAUUAUUUUUUAAUCAGGCAGAAGGGCAAUGUGAAUGAAGUUAGUCAACAGCUAGGCAAUAUGGCUGGAUAUUACACCUGAUUUAAGUGGUCAACCUCUCAUUUCUCCAUACAUUGUAAUUCAUUAUCAAUUAGGCAGGUGAGGAGAAGAGAGAAUGCCAUCAAAGUCAAAAGUGUUUUACUGAUGCCUGUCUCGUCCUUUGUAGUUUGAUUUACUGUUCUGACUGUACUGCGAAAAGUGCACCUCUUACUUCAAGCAAGAAACCAGUUCGAGUAUGUGAUAAGUGUUUUGCGGACGUCACAUCAGGCACAGCCAAGGUACAUUCC